AUCUCGCAAUCAUUUUGCAUUAGGAUUCAUUUCUUCAAUCUCCCUUCUAUUUCUUCUCAUUUCUCAUAGAAUAAUAUCGAAGGAAAGAAAUCAGAUAAGCUUCGAUUCGACGAUCAUUGAUGGGAUUAGUACAUAAGAUUUAUGGAGUCAUCCUUGUGAUUGUAUGCGCAAUGUUCAUGUCUCAGGCUUCAUGUGCUAGGCUACUGGGUGGCACUUUCGAGCCGGGGGUGGAACCGGGAAUGUUGAGCCUUGCUCUGCCUCAACGUACCUUCCGCGCUCCAGUGGCAGUCCCGGAGAAGAAGAGUGAACUCCAGUAUGGACCUCUGCUGCUCAAUCUUCUUCCUAAGGGGAAGGUGCCGCCCUCUGGUCCUAGUAAACGGAUCAACAAUUCGGUCAAUUGAGUAGAUUUAUGCAUCCAUUCAUUUUUUGUAUUCCACUCAUUUAUUCGUUUUAUUCAUUAGUUGUUUUAUAGGAUGAAUUACUGCAAAGAAUUUAAGAGUAGUAUCCUCUGUAAUUUCUGGAGAUUUUAGUAGCUACUGGAAUGUUUUUAGCCUAGUAGCAGCAUCUUGACAAUGUAAUUAUCAUUAUUUUUAUUACAUAGAGAACUCUACGUUGAGUUUUAAUUCAUCAAUAUAAAUAAAUAUUUUCUUGUGUA